GAUGAAUAUCCAAUUGGUUGUCGAGUUAUUGUUAAUACUGAUCAUCAUAUAUUUAAUAAAGUUGGUUUUAUUCGUUAUGUUGGAAAAACAUAUUUUAAAGAAGGUAUUUGGUAUGGAAUUGAACUUGAAGAACCAGUUGGAAAAAAUGAUGGUUCAUUUGGUGGACAUGUUUAUUUUCAUUGUCCUGAUAAACAUGGUGUUUUUGUUCGUCGUGAUAAAAUUCGACGGUUAAUAGAAAAAUGA